AGAAACAGUAAAUUUUGCACGUAAUAUUAUAAAUAGAGAUAUUUCUACAACCUGAUCCCCAAUGUCCUUUUGGAAAAUUUUACCAGCUUUAGCCUUGACUCCAUUCCAUGCUAUAGUGUCUGGACUUUACGCUUACUCCAUCAAACUAGCUGUAGAUAAAGAAACUUACGAAAAAUAUUGUGAAAAGCAAAAUGAAUCUUUCAAGGUCAUCUUUGAACAUUUUGGUCAUUUUGAUAAUUCUGACUCUAGCGGUGGUAAGGGCCGCCGGUGAGUGCUAUGAGUUGACCAACAAAAAGGCGGUCGAGCAGUGUGAAGAAGUCAGUUGUGAGUCUGUCUUCUGUGGUUCCCGAAAAGAGUGAGUGUGGGCAUGUUCUGGCUCUUACAAGAAGUGGUGGUGCAACCCGUACAAGAAGCGUGACUCUCCGGGAACCUUCCACCUUAGUUUGUUGGGCUCGUUGGAGAACUAUAGUUGGUCUUACCUGUUACAAUCUGACAAUGCAACGUUACCAGAAGCAGUGGAAGUAAUCGAUGAUUUGGAACAAUUUGUGGAACUUGUAACUAAUCUGACCUCUCAUGGUGAUGAAUGGGACACAGAUGAUGAUUCAUAUUCGAUAAAAAGAUCAGAUUCUCGAAAAAAGAAGUGCAUGUAUGCCUGCUCCGCUGCUGACAAUCUUAUGAGUGACUGUCAAAAGAAUGGUAUCAACAUUUCUUAUAACAUCGUAAAAGUUGCCUGUGUUAUGGCUUGCGACAAAAAAUACGGUAAUGGUCAUACCAACUGCAAAAAGUAACUUAGUUGCAAAAUUUGACUCACUAAUGGGUUUGUGGUGGUACCUCUCAGAAACUGACAAUAUAACGAAAGUACGAAACUACUUUCCUUGAGACUCAAGCACAGUGCCUAAGUUGGCGAUUGAAAUAUAGUUUUUGUUCAAGAAGUGAUUGUCUAUAACUCUAAGUCUG